AUGAGUCUCUCCAGACUUAUCGAGUCUAUCAACACGGCGGCUGCCAAUACCAAUUCCAACAAGGUGGACGACAACGUACGCAAGGAACUGCUUCAGGCCUGUGAGACAUUACGGAGUGCAUAUGAGACACCUUUGGAUAUUGUCACCCGGUUGUAUUACUCCAGUCCUCAAGCGAUUGUGCUUCGGUUGGGGAUUGAUUUAAAGCUAUUCGAUGCUGUGGUCAAGUUGUCAGACGAGAGCACGAAUGGGGAGGUCAAAGUCCAGCAACUUGCGGAUGAAACGGGUGCAGAACCGUUGCUUCUGGCACGUAUCAUGAAGUUUUUGGCCACUAUGAGAAUUGUUCGAGAGGCCUCCAAAGACUCUUUCAUCUCAACUCCAUCGACAGCAGCCUUCGUCUCGAACUCGCCUCUUGCAGCAGUUGUGAUUCAUGGAACCCACUUUCUUACCAUUCUCUCAAAGCUUCCCGAGUUCUAUGCACAAAAAGGAUGGAAGAGUCCAGAUGAUGCGGACGACGGUCCAUUCCAGUUCGCCAUGGGUACUCAGUCACACUAUUUCGACUUUCUGUCAUCAGAACCAUACUAUCAGAAAGCAUUCAAUACUACUAUGACUGCUCCUUUUCGAAGGAAGGGCCAGAGUUGGUUUAGCUUCUUUCCAGUCAAGGAGAAACUACGUGUUGAAGACUCAACGGCUCCUUUGUUGGUCGACAUCGGCGGUGGCAAGGGCGAGGAUACUCUCGCCUUCAGAGACAAGUUUCCUCACUUGCCUGGAAAGAUAAUACUACAAGAUUUGCCUGCAGUUGUUGAAGGAGUCCAAGACACGACGCCACCGGUCGAAGUACAAGGAUACAAUUUCUUCGACAAACAGCCCGUCAAGGGGGCGAAGGCAUACUACUUGCGCACAGUCCUGCACAAUUGGCCUGACAUGCAGGCUCUUCAGAUCCUGGCUCGAGUCCGCGAGGCCAUGACUCCAGAUUCUUUGUUGCUGAUCAACGAGGUUCUGGUGCCGGAGACAAACCGGUCCUUGUGUUCUGUCGUGGCGGAUCUAGCGAUGAUGACUUCGUAUGCGGCGUUGGAGCGGACGCAGGCGCAAUUCAAGGCAUUGCUGAGCGAGGCUGGGUUUGAGCUGGUCAAUAUUUGGAGGCCUGAAGAAGCCAAGGUUGAGUCAUCGCAGCAGGCCGUGUUGUUGGAGGCUCGUCUGAAGCGGUGA